AUGGUGAUGAUGGUUCAUGCUUGGAAUUACACAUUGGGAACUUUGGGUGUUGUUCCUUCCAAUGCUUCACAAUUAAUUCUUGUCAAUGGGACCUCUUCUCAAAAUGUUUUAUUACAUGUCGUGGUGGUGCUAGUGGUGGCCGAAUCGAAUGUGAAUGGUGGUGGUGGUGGUGUUGGGAGUGGUUCUGCAUCUCUUCAACAAACAAAUGUUUCUUACACGAUGAUGAACACUCAACAACAACAACAACUCGUUGAGUCAGCAAGUCCAUUGCAACCACUUUUACUUUCUGUUGUAAUUUCGGAAAAUCCAGUGGUUCCAACACCGAGUGUGCCGAAACCUUUUCCUUCGAUUGGUCCUUCUCCUUCGAUUAUUGUCAAUGUAACUACAAGUCCAAAACCACCUGUCACUCCCUCCUUACGGCAUGUCAUUCAUUCAACAGUCAUCACGAGUCCAUUGAAAUCCAUUGCUAUUACUACCAUUCAAGAAGAAGAAGAACAUGCACGAUCACGAUUCGAUGUGUAUCGAUCAUUGAUCGAUCAAGUAAAAGAAUGGAAGAAGAAUCACAAAGAUCGUAAUUCCAUGAAGAGAAGUCCUUCGUAUACGUCAAUCAUGAUGGACUAUUCACCCAUUUUUGGAGCUUGGGGAGGACCUCAGUCAACAACAGAUCAAAUCAUGUAUUUCAUUUCAAAUAAUAGUGGUAUUUAUUCAUUGGAUAAUGUGACGAUUGCGAGUAGUAGUGGAGGAAGAAAUUUAUUGUCGAAUGGAACUGUCAAGUUUACAGAACUAGUAUAUGGAAUGAAGGCAAAACAAGGGAAUGAUCCACAUGACAUUUAUGUCAUGACAAGUGGCAAGUUGUGGUUGAUCAAGAAUGGAGUUGCUUCUCUAUUAAUUUCAGGAUUGUCUUUAACAGAGAACUCAAUUGAUGGAUCGAAUGGAACAGCAACCAUUUACAGUGUGAAUGGAAAUAUUCAAGAUAUUGAAAUUACUGAAAAUGGUGAUGUUUAUUUUCUUGAAAAGAGGAAAUUAAGAAGAUUUCGAAAUGGUAGUGUCAGAACAAUGGUGAACAAUAGUGGAAUGAUGUUGAAUCAACCAUCCUUUAUGACCAGUGCUUUUGGAAUGCUCUACAUUUCAGACACUGGUAAUAAUAGAAUUCUUGCAUUUGAUCUGACAAGUGAAGUUUUUACCACCAUUGCUGGCUCAAAUUCUGGAAUUCCAACGACAGGUCGUACAGAUGCAAAACUCGGAGAUGCUCUCAGUUAUUCAUUGUCACAACCAAAAGGAAUUACUGUGAAUAAGAACAAUGGAAUCAUUUACUUUAUUGAAGGGUCGAACAUUCGAACUUUGACUCCAACAUGUGAUUCUGAAAAGGAAGAACCAAUCAUGGAAUUUCCUUUUUGCAAAUGCAAGAAUGGACUCUAUUAG